AUGGAGCACGUCCUAGGCCACACGGAGCACAUCAGCUUCGGCAUCGAACAGAUCCUGAGCCACGCGGACCAGAGCUACAUGCUGAGCGCGAGGACGCACGACGUGGACUACGGCCCCGCGGCCUACGGCGGAGCGGGGGUGACCGGAGGCUUCACCUGCGCCAACGCGGUGUAUCACGGGAGCGGCGGAGCGGGAGCACCUGCCGGAGCACCUGCGGGAGCACCUUACAUGAACAUGGGCAUGAACGUCACAUCCAACAACGUUAUAAGAGUCCCCGCGCACCGGCCCGUGAGCGGCGGGCCCCCGCCUCCGCACGGCCCCGGCCUCAGUGCGCUCACGUUCCCCUGGAUGGAGAGCAACCGGCGCUACACCAAGGACCGAUUCACAGUGUCCCUCUCACCCGUGUCUGUGGCGCGCCGUGUAGGUCAUCCGUACCAGAACCGGACUCCUCCAAAGAAGAAGAAGCCGCGCACGUCGUUCUCGCGGCUGCAGAUCUGUGAACUGGAGAAGCGCUUCCACCGACAGAAGUAUCUGGCCUCCGCGGAGCGCGCCGCGCUCGCCAAGGCCCUGAACAUGACGGACGCACAGGUCAAGACGUGGUUCCAGAACCGGAGAACCAAGUGGAGGCGUCAGAGUGCAGAGGAGCGCGAGGCGGAGCGGCAGCAGGCCAAUCGGCUCCUGAUGCAGCUGCAGCACGAGGCCUUCCAGAAGUCUGUGUGCGAGCGCGUGAGCCCGGACCCGCUGUGUCUGCAGAACAGUUCUCUGUUUGCACUGCACAACCUGCAGCCGUGGAGCGAGCACGCGGCCAAGCUCAGCAGCGUGUCUGCAUGUGACUGA